UUCGGCGUCAUUCGUUCGCCAGACUUAAAUUUGAGCAGAUCGGCUACGCACAACUGGCUCGUAGUUAUAUCAAAUUUCAAUCGCAAUAAUUAGCCGUGAAAUUAAUUAAACGAUCACAUUCCAGGUCCCAGUCUUUCUGACUCCCAAUGGAAUGCCCUGAGCUACUACAACUGCAGUUACACACUUGCAUCGUUGACAUCCGGAAGCUAGUUGAUCCGGGAUUUCGUCUCUCCUGACUUUGAAAAAUAUGGUGAGUUGAAAACUGGUUUUUUUUUUGUUGUAAAAAAAAAAUCUCAUCGUCUGGCUGACCAUGGAUCAUCUUUGGCAUCAAUCUAUCAUCUUACCACACCUACGAGUUCUCAACUUACUACCAGCUAUAGUCAUCAGGGUGGCAGAGACAGGGUAAGAUCCGAAACCCUUGAGUCUUGGAAAUCGGCUCGGGUCUGGUAUAAGUAUGGUGAGUCCCAGUAUUUGAAAUUUCUCGACUCCUAUGCCAGCUCACGCGAUGGUGAACGCUGGCAUUAGAGUCGUUGAAUUUCCUGAUGUCUCCUCUCCAUUAUUUUACUACGUGUGGUGGAUCUCUGAUUUUUAAUAUGAUUUUCUAGAUCAGGUAAUUGUAAGGUUUCACAGCAAUUCCAAGUGAUCAUUUGAGUAUAAGAGUUCAUCAACUUGCAUUAUUUUAUUUCCCACAAUAUUUGAGUUGAUUUUUUCUUUCUGUGGAUGAUAUAUUUUUCACAUGGCCCCUCGGAUUUCGUUGGUGAGAUCUAGUAGAUUCUGUCGCAUUUUAUAAUUCACAAACUGAGGUGGACGUUGAGCUCGAAGAGUUCGCAUCGAAGAGAAUCGCCGACAGCCACGUCACAAAUUUUAUGUAUCUUGUAAAACCUUCUCUUUUCCGUUCCUGAUGCUGAUUUGAAUGGAAGGAUGCGAUUUUAAAUUGCAUUCCUUCGAUUCCUAUUAGCAAAAAUAUUCCAAGUCUGACGCUGCUCGCGCAAGCAUAGCGCGAAGGCGAGGAAUCAUAUUGAUGGUGUUUGCUUGAUAUUCUUUAUUGUGUUGUCCUUAAGGAUCCUGAGAAAUUUUUUAACACGAAACUUGCCAUUUUGCAGGACAGUUUAAAAGCUUGACUGAUUUUGGCGAUGGGAAUAUGUACUGAAAUUUUCUCUCAGGAGUUUAAACAGAAAGAAGACUACAUUUAUGCAUAAUAAACAUACUAAAUGGUACUACUGAAUAUUCUGCAGUCUUUCUGUAAAUCUGAUAUUUUUCUCUGAUAGAAUCGGAUGCAUGCAUACGUUGACUGAACAUUUGUAAGUCAACGAUGCAAAUUCGUGUCCAUUCUUUAUCGUGAGUUGGCGGUGUAUAUUUAAAUCUGCCGGAAACCAUAUGAUCAUGGCGCAGCCUUCGUCUGCGGCUGUCAUUACCGCUUCGGAGUUUGACAGAUACUUAACCUGUGUUUUCUUUCGUAAACAAACAGGUUAUACGUUCUACUUUUAUUGGGGGUUGUUUUUUUCCUGAAAAAAGUCGCAAAAAAGUCCACUCGUUCAGCGUAAAUGAAAGUGAAAAGGAAUCACCUCGUGUACCGUUCUCUCGUUUCUGAAGUCUCGUUUACUGCUGGCUGAGCUAAAGUUGUAGCCGAUGGGCAACAUUAAAAAAUUCAAAGCACAGUAAAAUUGUAAAACUGAUAAAUCUCGAAAACCUAGAAUGAUGGGUGAUAAUUACAUCAGCCUAGAAAAUUAUGAGAUGCUCAAAGCUUUGUAUGAUUUCAAAGCAACAUAUGCUAAAACAUUAAGCUUUCGAGAGAACGAACACUUUAUAUUACACCAAACGAAUACAAAACAACGAAAUUGGUGGCAGGUGGUAAACAGCAUGGGGCAACUUGGAUACAUACCAUCUAACUAUGUCACCACAGUCAAGGUCCAGCCUCAAUUCUUGACUGAUUACCUUGAUGAAUGCAUACAGAAACUACAGUCUGAAAGCAUGAACCUUGGUAGUGCUUUUCCAGCAGAAAGAGAAGAUCUGUUGUUAAGGCUUCAAGAAAAAAAAAGACAAGCAGAACUUAGUAAAAAAGUGAAAAAGCAAGCACCAAUGCCCCCAGAUUUCUCUACUUCCACAUUAACCAAAGAUGCGACCAAUCAAAUAAUACGCGAUAACUCAGAUGAUGGUGUCAGAUCUGCUCCUAGUAAUACAUCGUAUACCACUGCUCAGACAACACUUCAUCACAAUACUGAUCAAGUGGAAGCACAACUUAUUGCACAAUGCCGGAGAAUGACUGUUAAUGAUCAGCGUAGGCAGCUUCCAAGGCAAUCUCUUUCUGAUACAGGACAUGGUAGUCAUUUAGAACCAGUUCAAACAAAAAAGAGUGAUUCUCAGAACGAAAUCAAUAAUUUAGGGAACUCAUCCCUAUUAAAAACUAGUUCUUCCACUUCAUGUGAAAUAAAUUCAAAGGCUGCGUAUCAGCUACUUGAUCAAGUUAGACGAAACACCCAACUUAGUCAUGAAAUGUCAAAGGUUGCCGUGGCUGUGGUUGUUUCCGGUCUUCAAGAACUUUUACCAGCUAGUUUAAGCCACUAUUUUGCUGCAGUAUUGAAUCAGCUACAAGUACCCUUGACUGCAUCAAAAAUGAGCAUAGAAGAAACGCAUGAUGCUAAUAGACUCAAAGUAAUUUUUACAGAGCUUACUUCUUGCAAAGAAGAUUCGCAACAGAGAAGUUGGAUGCUAUACGAAGACGAACCUGUUAUUGUUGAGUACAUCAAAGAACUAACAUCAAUUUUGACGAAUGCAGAUGCAAACGUUUCCCGCCAUGUAUUGAGAUCAGACCAGUAUAAUGGUGUAACAACACUCAUACAAUAUUAUCAAAUGGAACCAAGAUGGACAAUUAGGCAGCUACUGCUACAAUCUUUUGGAGUUAUGUGUAGCCUUGAUGCUGUCAUACUAACAAUAAUGCUGAAUAGCAUUUUGCCUAUGGAGUUGGCAAGUGACAUGAGAACAUAUCCAAGGAAUGUGCCCAGGCUAAAUUAUUCCUCACUACUUCUCACUAUGAUUUUCUCAAUGGGUGAACCAAUGCCUGUCACCCAUCUAGGUGAGAUGAAUAAUUUGGAUUCAUCAAUUGAAAAUUCAAGGCAUGCUUUGAAAUAUCAACCUCACUAUCAUUUGCUUGUGAUUACAGAACAACUUGGAACAGAUUUUAUUGCUUUCCUUUUGGACUUAAUAGAAAAUCCACCAGAUACAGAUAUGGACGAUCAAAUACCAGAAUUAUUUCUGAAUCUCGUUCUUUCGUAUAACUUACAGUUUACAACUUCAGAAAAUAUGGUACUAAAUGCAUUAAAACAGCGAACUGUAGCCAAAACAUUCACAGAGAAAAUUUUAUUGCUUCUCAAUAGAGAAGGUGAGAUUUGCAGAGCUCGUUUAAAAUUCAUGUUGGCAAUUAUAUGGCCAUUCACUGUCAAUGAUGUGUCAUUUAAUCUUCUUAUUCUAAUAGAGGAUCCAGUAAGAAUAUUUGAUCACCAGCCAGCUCCACCACAUUCUGUGCUGAAGCUGUUUGUUGACCUAUUCAGUAACAGCACAACUGCAAGUUUAUUUUAUACUAAUGAUAUCAAAGUUUUGAUUGAUAUUAUUGUAAGACAGUUGUUUGAUAUUUCACCCGGAGUCAAGAAACGUAGACAAUAUUUAGAGCUCUGUCGAAGAGUAUUGAGAACUGAAAGCUACAACGAACAUCGGCAUAGAUGCGAUGAUGUGUUGAAAAGCUUCACAAGGAUAUUUUGCGAGGAAUUACCGGAGAGUAGAGCAGAUCAAAAAUUAGUACGUGAAAUCAGCAACGAAUUUCCACAUCUAUUCAAGAUGUGACAUACGCUACUACCCUCUACUACUUCAGAUGAAGAUGAAGAGGAUCUCCAUACUCUAGUGUGAAUGUACAUUGCUGAGUGGUGAGCAGGAAUGUUACAAAUUUUAGUCCGUGAUCACUGUGACUUAAGUCACCCAUAUAAUUACCUAUAUGAUAUCCCCACCAAAUUCAAAAAUCUAACAUCAUGAAACAGUAUUUGCUAUAAAUCUGGGUGUUAUGGUCUCGCUCAGGCAAAUAUAACGAUUCACAUCAACAGGAUAAAUCUCUAAUAUUUUCAACAACAGGAUUUUUUUUUUGUUGAAGUUAUCCUACCGAUACAAUUAUUGGUGAAAGAAUACUCUGGAAUCUAAGUCGUCUGAAAGUCAGUAGCUCUAUGUAAAUAUAUCAUAUGUACUUGUAUGCUGAAUUCAUUAUGGAUUAAGAAAAAUUAUACAUUUAUCAUAGAAGAUGAUUCUGAGAUGUAACUUAUACGUCGAAUUUGGUCUAGUCUUCUCUAUCUAUAUUAAACGAAAUAUUCUAAGUCGUAAAUAAGUAUGAAGUUUUACGAAUCUAAAGUUGUUAGGUAUCUACGUAGCAAAAAUAUUUAAAUCAAGCAAUCGAAAAGUAACGCUUUGUGGGAAACCUUCUUUCAACAAUUUUCAACUCACAAUUGCGGUAAAAUAAGGAUGCAGCUAUUUGAUUUACGGUUCCAAACUUCUCUGAAGAUUAUUUCGAGAGUAGACGCACAAAUUAUCAAUGACCUUUUUACCUAGAAUCUCAGAGUUAUUUGUAUAUUUUUUCCAUCGAGCACAAAUGGAAAGUGAUGAAUAAUGUUGUGUUUAUUUUCAGUCUACAGUCUAGAUACUGAAUUGUUAGUUGGUCUUAUGGGAUCAAACUAAUAUUAUAACAAAGCCUCUUCAAGAGCUCAGAUAGCUUUAAAAAAAAUUGUGUUAUAAAUUUGCAUGUGCCACGUAGCAAUGAUAGAGGAAUGAAUAAUUGUUUGAACACUACAUAAUUUCAUCAUGUGUUGUGUAUGUAGAUAAUAAAGUUGUACCCUUGGAAAGUGUUCAA